AUGGGCCUUGCCUUCACAAAGAUAUGGCAGCGAAUGAUCGGGAAGCAGGAGAUGCGAAUCUUGAUGGUGGGUUUAGAUGCUGCAGGUAAGACGACGAUCCUUUACAAGCUCAAACUUGGCGAGGUUGUGACUACAAUCCCAACCAUCGGCUUUAACGUCGAGACCGUGGAGUACAAGAACUUGUCCUUUACGGUUUGGGACGUAGGAGGCCAGGACAAGAUCCGUCCUUUGUGGCGCCACUACUAUCAAGGCACCAAUGGGCUCAUCUACGUCGUUGACAGCAAUGACCGUGAUCGUAUUGAGGAUGCGCGUGAAGAACUUACUAAGAUGCUCAACGAGGACGAAAUGAGAGAUGCCGUGCUUCUGGUCUUUGCCAACAAGCAGGACCUGCCUCAGGCAAUGACAGCAGCAGAAGUGACUGAGAAGCUUGGCCUUCACAAUUUGCGUCACCGCCAGUGGUUCAUUCAAUCUGCGUGUGCCACCACAGGGGACGGACUCUACGAAGGCUUGGAUUGGCUCUCCCGCACUUUGUCCUCGAAGCGCUGA